AUGAGUUACAAUGAGGCUAUAACUAGUGAACAUUAUGAAAAAUGGCUUGAGGCAAUGCUAAGUGAAUUGGAGUCAAUGGAAGCCAAUAAAGUGUGGGAGUUAGUUGAAUUGCAGCAAGGAAUGAAGCCUAUAGGGUGUAAAUGGGUGUUCAAAACCAAAAGGGACUUAAAGGGCAAUAUUGAUAGGCAUAAGGCUAGACUUGUAGCUAAGGGUUUCACACAACAAUAG